AUGAGGAACUUUUGGAUCAAAGAUAACGCCGCUGGCAACUUGUACCCGGAGAUGAAAGUGAAUUCCUAUACCCUUGAUCUAACAAUUGAUAAACCCACAUUUAAAUUGGCGGGAAUUUUCACUUUGACUCAAACAGAACCGAGAAAGCAAAUCCUGAAACAAUAUGAAAUAUUUGGGAUGAAAGUUGAAGCAAGUCCACAGAGGCCUCUGCUGGGCAGUGACAUUACACUCAGCUGCACCAUCUCCAGACUCUCAGAUACAGUCAGUCUUCAGUGGAGACCCAUGGACUCAUCCCAGCAGAACAGGAGCAACACUGAUCACAUCCGCCUGGAUAACACGGUCUAUCUGAUGGUUCAACACGUUACAGUGGACGAUGGGAAGCUGUAUGUGUGUGAAGUGCGGGAAAACGGAACCAUUCUUCACACAAGUAACGGAGAUUUUACUGUAGAGAACGCACGUUCUCAGCCCAUCAUCAUCAAUGUCAAUGGGAACAACUUCGUGAAUCGACUGGUGACCUCAGGGAAACUCUACGAUGGCAAGGAUUUCAGUGUGAGGAUUGUCCCCGUUGUGUUUCAAGAUGCCGGACUUUACGCCUGUGAUCUGGAGGGAAAUCGAUUUCCCACCAUUGAUCUAAUCACAGUGAAAGUCACAGCUGAACCGUCUGAUGCAGUGACUGAGGGAGACAACGUUACCCUGAUCUGCUCUGUGUCUCAUGACACUGGGUCAAUGAGACUGGUUUGGAUCAAUGGCGAUGGCAAACGUGUUGGAGAAAAGACACUGACUGAGGAAGAGACAUCACUGAGUCUGGUUAUUCAGAAAGCUGAGAGAGGCAGAGGGAACUGGAGAUGUGUUUUGUUUGAUCAAGACCUGCCCCGGCUUUUUGUCCCGAACUAUCAGGAGCCCUGUGGUAAGUGAUAAGGGUUUGUUCUUCAUACUUAGAGUCACGAUUGAGUUUUGAUGUCCUGACAUUUGAUAGGGGAAUAUAGUUGUACCUUGACUGUAGUAAAUACUUGACAUUAAAGGCAUUUCCAAACAAAAUUCUAACUGCAGAUUUCACAAGGACC